CGGGAUUCCUUCCAUUCCGCGUCUACAUGGAAUGAUUUUUGUCUUUACUGUCCUGCGACCACUUUGGAAAAUAAUUAUAUACAUACUUAAAAAAAUAAUCAAAUAUCUGCUUUAAAAGUUAGAAACUGUGGACGUGCAGCCGUAAAACUUAGUGUGUUAUUUUUAAUAAAUAUAUCUAAAAUCUUUAACCCUAGGAGGAGGAAAGACGGAGUAUUCUGCGUGUGGUUUGCAUUCAUGAUCCGCUUCCUUAGAGCCUUUAUUUAACCGAAAUGAAAAGAAACGGCGCGUACAGGUUUCUGUCCGUGUUCUCCUGUUUCAUCGUUUGCGCUUUUUUGUUUUUGUUCUGGUCUUUCGUGUUUUACUCUAUGAUGCGGGCGCCGUAAAAAGAUUAAUGCUAAGCUAAAAGGGGGUAUGCUACCUUCCCACAAUCCUUUGCUCUGUUGACAAUUUCCACGAUCACAUGAUCAACUCCACCAGGAAGUAGCCGUUGAGGAGCUUGUUUCUUUUUUUGCUGAGUGAUUGAAGUUACCAUGACGUCAGACAUCAGUGGAGCGCCACCAUCCGCUGCAGAUCUCAAGCUGCAGUUUGCACCCUUCAGCAGCGCUUUGGAGGCCGGCUUCUGGCAUCAGCUCACUCAAAAGAAACUUAAUGACUACAAAUUGGAUGAAAGCCCUAAAUGCAUCAAAGGAUAUUACUAUAACGGUGACCCUGUUGGCUUACCCACUCGCUUGACUCUGGAGUUCAGCGCGUUUGAUGUUGAUGCUGUAACACCAGCUCGCUGCUGUCCAGCUGUUGGGACUCUGUACAACACCAACACACUUGAUGCCUUUAAAAACAUCGAUAAGAGAGCUCUGCUGGAGAAAGAGGCAAAAGAGAUGUGGAACGCUAUAUGUUCUGGAGCUGCAUUAAAGGAACAAUCUCUCCUCAGCAGAUUUAUUUUACUGACCUUUGCGGACCUGAAAAAAUAUCAUUUUUACUACUGGUUCUGCUUCCCUGCUCUUUGUUUCCCCGAGGGAAUAAAGAUAAUCCAGCAACCUUCCCUCCUGGAGGCCGUGUUCUCACCAAAACAGGUUAUAGCACUGCAGGAGGCCUAUGAUGACCUGUGUGUCACUAAAGGCAAUACUGCGGUUCCAUAUUUCCUGAUAAAGUACACUGAUCACACUGUUCAGAUGGCUCCACUUGAAGACUGGGAGAGCUUUUUCACUAUGACGAAGAAGGUUACUGUGGGCUUCUAUGAUCCGUGUACUCUGUCUCAACAUCCUGGCUGGCCUCUGAGGAAUCUGUUGGCUCUCUUGGCUAACCAAUGGGGUUCAAAGCUGGACGUGGUAGAGGUGCUGUGUUUCCGAGACAGAACCCUGCAGGGAAGCCGCUCCAUUCAGCACAGCGUCGUGUUCCAGAUCAAGUUACCUGGACUCUCCAGCAAUUCCGGUUGUCCUAAAAGUGUUGGUUGGGAAAAAAAUGCAAAGGGAGCCAUGGGACCCAGGAUGGUCAACCUGAGCGAGUGCAUGGACCCCAAAAGGCUUGCAGAGUCAUCAGUGGACCUGAACCUGAAGCUGAUGAGGUGGAGGCUGGUUCCUUCCCUGGACCUGGACAAAGUGGUCAGCACCAAGUGUCUCCUUCUAGGUGCUGGGACAUUGGGCUGCAAUGUAGCCCGCACUCUGAUGGGAUGGGGCGUGAGACACAUCACAUUUGUGGACAACGCAAAGAUCUCCUACUCCAAUCCUGUCCGCCAGCCGCUGUACGAGUUUGAGGAUUGUCUUGGAGGAGGAAAGUCCAAAGCCACCGCAGCAGCUGAGCGUCUUUCCAAAAUCUUUCCCGGUGUUAAUGCAAAGGGUUACAAUAUGAGCAUCCCGAUGCCCGGCCACCCAGUGAAUUUCUCACAGGCCACUCUUUCUCUGGCCCAAAUGGAUGUGGAGCAGCUGGAGAAACUCAUUUCAGAGCAUGAUGUAGUUUUCUUGCUUAUGGACACCAGGGAGAGCCGAUGGCUGCCUACAGUGAUCGCCGCCAGCAAGAGGAAGCUGGUGGUGAACGCUGCUCUGGGCUUUGACACUUUUGUUGUGAUGCGUCACGGUCUGAAGAAGCCUCCUGCCAGUCGAGGUGUCGACUCCUCCCCUUCCUGCUCGUCUGCUUCUUCGUCACCGUCCACGCCAGCUGGUUCAGCUCCCAGCGUCCCAGGCUCCUCCCUCUUCUCCAACAUCCCAGGAGACAAGCUGGGAUGUUACUUCUGCAAUGAUGUUGUGGCACCAGGAGACUCUACUCGGGAUCGAACCCUGGAUCAGCAGUGCACAGUCAGCAGACCAGGCCUGGCCAUGAUAGCUGGAGCUUUGGCUGUGGAGCUCAUGGUGUCCAUGUUACAGCACAGUGAAGGGGGAUAUGCAGUGGCCAGCAGCAGUGAUGACCGAAUGAAUGAACCUCCCACAUCGCUGGGUCUGGUGCCACAUCAGAUUCGAGGCUUUCUUUCAAGAUUUGACAAUGUCCUGCCUGCCAGCCUGGCCUUUGACAAAUGCACCGCCUGCUCACCCAUCGUCUUGGACAACUAUGAGAAGGAAGGUUUCGACUUUCUGUCCAAGGUUUUUAAUUCAUCCCAUUCGUUUCUAGAAGACUUGACAGGCCUUACUCUGUUGCAUCAAGAGACACAAGCUGCAGAGAUUUGGGAUAUGAGCGACGAUGAGAGCAUCUGACGGACGGCGGUGUGAAAACAUCAACCAGAGGAUCUCCACUUCACUUUUUUGCUAUUUUUCCUGAAUGAAUGUCUUUUAUUUUUUACUAAUAAAGUUCUUCUUUACAUGAGUUGCUCUAUCAGCCACUUUAAUGUAAAAAAAAAAAAUGAGUCGUAACCCUUCCAUACUUUAGCAGAGUUCACUCACGAGACUUUUGGGUCCAAAUCUCCCAAAAAUACUUGUGUUGAAGAUGUUGUGCCCUCACAAUAAGAGUUUGUCAUCAGAAAGUUUCCUGCAGACUGUUAUGUAUGUGGAAUUCUAUCUGCGAUCAUUCCUGUAAAACCAUUUGUACCGAAUUGGAAUUCAUGAACUUUAGUGCGUUGGAUGGUUUGUGUCUUUUCAAUGUUCUUGUUUAAGGUUUACCGUGUAAUGGCGUGUCCAUUUCUCAGUGUUUAUAUGCAGAAGCAACAGUAAAGAGAGAUUUAAACCAUG